AUGGCCGCCAACAUAAAUCCCUUAGCGGGGACUGCACACUUAUUAGAUGAGCUGGAUAAGAAACUUAUGGUGCUGCUGCGGGACGGGAGAACACUUAUUGGGUAUCUUCGCUGCGUGGAUCAGUUUGCCAAUUUAGUUUUACAUAAAACAAUAGAAAGGAUUCAUGUGGGGAGGGAAUAUGGAGAUAUCCCCAGGGGAAUAUUUAUUGUCAGAGGAGAAAAUGUGGUACUUCUUGGUGAAAUUGACACAGAUAAAGAAGACAACUUACCAUUGACGGAAGUAUCUGUAGAUGAAAUUCUUGAUGCACAAAGAAGAGAACAAGAUGCUAAGAUUGAACAACAAAAGUUAUUAUCAAAAGCUUUGAAAGAAAGAGGACUCAAUUUACUGGCUGAAAUGGGACAUGAUGAUAUGUUUUAA